AGUAAGUAGGUACCUACUCCUGCUAGGUAUACCUAUUCCCUACCUAGGUAGCUGGAGGAAGACAGUGAACAUGCCGAUUCUCAUAAAAGACUUGACAUGGACGCAGUCGUCCAAGGCUGUCCACAUCAGGGUUCCUCUGACCCCUGGACACGACAAGGUGGAUCUCUUCGCCACAGACGCCUACCUCAAGGCACAUCUGAGCCCUUACUUCAUAGAGAUAUUUCUCCUUCACGAUGUUGACAUCAAUAAGAGUACCACCACUGUAAAAGACGAUCUCAUUGUGUUCGAUUUGGUGAAACGCGAAGAAGUCGAAUGGGAAUCGCUAGAGAAAGAACUAACGAGACAGCAGAAGAUGGAGAUGAAACAGCAGAUCUUGGCAAAAUGCCAUGAAGAGGCAAAAAAAGUUUCCGAAGAUAAAGUGGCAGCGAAGAGUCAUUUGGAUAGGUUUGCCGUCCAACAGGCCAUGGCGGUGGAUGCUCAACAUCACGCCAUCAUGGAUUCUAGGAGAGACGCCCAAAGGAAGAAAGCUAUGGACGAGCUCGAAGAAUGGAGAGUAGCUGCGGAAAAACCAGCAAUUGAACAUUCUGUGGCAGAAAUAACAGACGAUCUUCCAAGGGCCAAGAUAGUGGAGUUAUCUUCAUCAGAAGACGAAGAACCUCUCGUGAAUAAACCAAAACCAAUCAAAACACCGGCUAAAACUCUCGUCAAAUCAGAGUACGUGGAGAGGAAGAAAGAUGAGUUGAAAAACAGAGUUCUCCCUAAGUUGAGAUCAUCAGGUGAGGUGGAGAUAACCCAUACUGCCAGGACUUUUCCUACGCCAAGUCGGGAGUCACAGGCGGCGGAGGAAGAAGCAUGGAUCAAGAACAUCACCUUAGCUCGCAGGGCAACUGGGUUCCUCUCGGAAGACCUGAGACCAGAAGAACAGGACCCUCAGUGGUGCAAGAACAAAGGCGACGAGUUCUUCCGGUCCGGGAACUACCUUGGCGCCAUCAGCGCCUACACCCACGGCAUCACGCUCUCCGACAAACUGCCCAGUCUGUUCGCCAACAGAGCCGCUACGCACUUCGCUCUGGGGAACUUUAAUAAAUGCCUAAACGACUGCUCAACCGCCCUAGAGCUCAUGCAGCCGGCUUGUGAGAUGAACCGGCGCAGUCGAGCCAAGUGCAUCGCGCGCCGCGCCGCCGCGCUCGCCCGCAUCGGCUACCUCGGCAAGGCUAUCGACGAGAUGAAGGCCGCCGCCAAACUACUGCCAGAGGACCAGAAAAUUAAACAAGACAUCUUCGACAUGGAACGCGCUUGGGAGCAAAGCCCUGACUCUGAUUAACAGAAACUACAGAUUUAGGAACAAAUAUCGUAUAUUAUCGUUACCAUAAAUAUAAUUAAUUACAUUACGUCUAAUUAAAACAAUAAAUACUAUCCACGCUA